GCCCUCCUGGGCUCCCGUUCUGCCCCACCGACACCCGGUGCCCUUUCCCGAGCUCGUCUGUCUGCUUUACGUCUCCACCACGUCUGGAGCUUUCGCACCACAUUAAGUUGGGCUCGCUGGGGCUUCCGUUUCUUCCCCAUAGUGCUGUGCGCUGCUGCCCGGCGAGGCGUGGCGCGGCGCGUUGCCUGGGGAACGAAGAAGGCGACGGAGGCGGCGAGGCGGGGCCUGGUGUGCGGGGUCUGCAGACCGCCUCCCGGCCCAGCUCAGACCGACCUCUGCCCCGAGGGCUUCGGCCUCGAGGCCGGGGCGUCUGCUUGGACCUCUCGCAACCGCGGCCCCCGAGGCCGGAUUCUCCCACUUCCCCUUUUCAGAACGAAGCGGGGAAUGCUUUUUCAGCUCUCACCGGAGCUGAUGUCUGUCCUUAAUAAUUACACCCCCUUCCUCCCAGCUUGGUAAUAGUAUUCAGGAAAGCUGUUCCCUAGAAUUUUCGAACGCACAUUACUUUGCCCGCCUAAGCGCCAGUGCCAUAGAGAUGGGCAUGACCAGAGGUCGGGACUCCAUUCGGGAUGGUCAGAGGGCAAGAAAGCUGCAAGAUUGACUUUUAUCCUAAACCAUUUAUAACUAUGGACUUGCCGGAUGAGAGCCAGUGGGAUGAAACGACUUGCAACUUGGCUGCUUGUCAGCACCCGCAAUGCUGGGCUACUAUCCGCCGCAUUGAGAGGGGCCACCCUCGAAUCCUGGGCUCAUCCUACAAAACUUCUCUGGACGUUAACGACAAACUCCCCGUGCUCACCAUUGUAAACCUCUCAGAUUCCUGCUUCCAGGCCAGGAGGCGUCCUCAUGGUCAUUUACCAGGACUUACCUUCACUAAGCCUCACCCUUUAUUGUCUCAGCGUUCAAAGUUUGACUCCAAAUUUCAAGGCAGGCCUUGCAAGGAUUUACCUGACAAAGAUUUGAUCAACUAUACUAAUGGAUCUCCUAAAGGAAGUCACAUAUUGAAAAAGCUUGCAGUGCUAAAUUUGAAUGAGACACACAUUCCUCGCCCUCAAGGUGUUAGCAAUAUGGUUGUAGUCUGGAUCCCAAAAGAACCAGGGGCGUCUGUGAGUCCAGCGGAGCAGUAUGUUGCUCCCAGCCAGGAUGGGAAGAAGAAAAGAAAGACAUCUACAGUGUCGUCUGUGGUUCUCUCGGGAAAGCAGGACAGAGAAACAAAGCUGAGCACUCCAGGGAUAACUGUGCCUCCCCCGUCCCCAGUACGCUUUUUUGAGCAACUAAGUCCAGAAAUCCUACCUUUCUUGAACCAGUUUGACGCAUUACCUCAGGAUCUCCUGAACGAUCUUUUGUUAGAUGAAGGGGAAAGGUCGCCUUGUCUGGAGACGAAGACACGAUUGGCCACGAGGAAAAAGAACCCCCUGAAAAAGAGCCGACCCGAGAGCUCCAUUUCUGCCCAGAUGUUUCUAUCUGUGCACCGCCUCACCCUGCAAAGACCAUCAUUGAAAUAUCCUGCACAUUUGAAGAAAUUAUAUUAUAACCUGAACAUAGAAGAUAGGCUUUCUAGUGCUGCCAGAUCUCCAGGUCUUCGGAAGCAGCAGCAGAGGCAGCCGCAGAGGAAGUUGAAGACACCUACGAAGAAACCGAAGAAACCGGAGGCUAAAAAGAAAUCCAAGAAAGAUCCAAGGAGCCAGAGCACUUCGCAUAAAUCUUUAGGUACUGUGGGUUGUGACCCAUGCUAUGGUCACAGAACUCUACCGGGCGGGGAAAGUGACAACAAUCAGCAGCUGCAGAUGGAGAAGAAUGGGCCCAUCUUGAAACAGGAUUCCACAGAGAGACCACAGGUGGGCAAUGCUGAGAACGACCUGGAUUCCUUCUCCAGUAAGCAGAAUCCUGAGUUAUCCAAGACAGAAUCCAGUAACAAGGACUUCGGUCCUCAGAUGGAGGAAGUGCCAGUAGCCCAAGAGGAGCCCUCCAAGGACCUUUCAUCCAGUAUAUCUAGAGCAAGUUGGAAUCCUGAGCUCCAUAUAAUGAGGAUUUUUCAGACUGCUGAUAAUGAGGCUGAGGAGAACCAACUCUCUGGGUUGCAGAAUAAAGUGACUCCGGAGACAUAGGUGGGCAGCCUUAUUCCACAGCAGGAUGCUUAGAGAUCUUAGGGCUGUGACCUUGGACACAGGGCUGAAAGGAGUGGGGACUUCUCCCUGGGGCCUUUACCAGGGCCUGGGCUUAGGGAUUCUGUAUUCUUCAUUUACCUUUACUUGCCUCUAAGAUAAGUGAGGAAGAAAGAGCGUCACUCCUUUUAAACUUGGAUUGUUUCUCUUCCGUUAGGACCGGAAUAAUUUCAUAAUUAAACAUAGUUGCUGCUUAAUCAAAAGAACAACUCUCUGUUUCUGGGACGGGGAGAAAUAUUUCUUGGUACUUUUUCUGGGUCACUUUAUCUCCCCUCGGAAGCUCUGAAAGAUUUCCAGUUGUAGGAAGCGGUUGACCUGAGGGAACCCCUGCUGUGCCCCUAGUUUUCCCUGUCAGUCUCUGGAAAUGGUUGCUUUUGAGGAUGGCACCCACGAAAUCAUCCAGUAAUCUUUGUUGUGUUAUGUGUAAUAUUCCUGUGUACUAGUAUGUGGACAGGACUCCAAUUAACCAGAAAGAGUCUGAAAGCUCCAGUUUCUAAGUUACUGAACCUGCAGGAACGUUUCCCUGAUACUCACAAAAACUCAGAAUUUCAGAGUCUCAGAAUUGCUUGAACUUGAUUUUUGCAAAGAGGUUUUUCAUAUUUUUGUCCUUAAACUUUUUAAUAUGGAAACAUUUCUGGGAGUCUGAAAAGAAAGCCAAUUGACACUCGCCUUUGAAGGCAAGCGUUGCAAUAGCGCACUGUUGUGGACAUUCUGAGAAUAGCACCCUAGUAAGGGAGGAGUUGCAAUAGUGUUAACUCCUAAGGAGUUAACAAGGCACCUUGUUUCAAUGCCUCCAUUUUUUUCUGUCUGGGUCUCAUUGCAGAAAUCUUGGACAAUUCUCCAACAGGGGUUCUUAAAAGGAGAGGGGUUUUAAGACACCGAUUUGCUGAAGGCUAUGCUGAGGCCAUCCC